GGAGCAACAGGAGGAGGAGGAUCCAUAGGAGGAGGAGGAUCCAUAGGAGGAGGAGCAAUAGGAGGCGGAGGAGCAAUAGGAGGAGGAGGAGCUGUAGGAGCAGGAGCAACUAUCGUCAUUCCAGCUGACAAAGUCGGGACGGGAUGGGGAAUGAUGGAUGGACAGCUCCACUGGGUAACAGUGGGAGGCAGCGGUGUGUGGGGCAUCCGGGGGGAACACGACAUCUACUUCCGCCUCGGCACGUUCAUGAACGAGGGCUCCCCCGGCACGGAGUGGCAGAAGGUGGACGGCGACAUGGGAUGGGUCUUCUCCGGGAACGGCAUCGUCUGGAGCAUCGACUUCGACUACAAGGUGUACGUCCGACUCGGCAUCGACGGAGGCCAUCAAUGGGGCACCAGCUGGAAGGAGAUCGCGGGGAAAACCAUGAAGUCUCUGUGUGUCAGCUCCGCCAGCAACAAGGUGUGGGGCGUGGACACUGAUGGAGCGGUGUACCGGAGGACAGGCAUCGCUGCUGGAAACUUAGAAGGCACGGAUUGGGAGGCCGUGGGUGGCGGCGAUGCCGUUGAAGGCGGUUUUUCGUACGUGUCCAACGGGUACUCGGGCGUGUGGGCGAUCUCAGCCACCGGCAGGGUCUACUACCGCGAGGGCACCUACGGGUCACUGGGCGCCGCGGUGGGAAGCGCCUGGGUGGAGGUCAGCGGAGUCAUCCUGGUACAGAUCACUGUGGGGUACGACGUGAUUUGGGGAGUGAACAGCGAAGGCCAGAUCUUCGUCAGGAUCGGACUAUCUGUUCAACAUCCACGAGGAGCACAAUGGGGGAUGAUUGAAGGGAGUCUGUCUCAAGUCUACGUCAGUUCCACGUCCAACCGUCUGUGGGGCUGUAACAGUGACGACAACAUCUGGCGACGGGAGGGAAUCUCCGCAGUAGGCGUCACUGCCGCUCGGUUCAGGUGGCUGCUGUCCACGCCAGAAUGGGCCGUCGCCGCCUCAGGCACUCCAUGGGUCAACGGCGGGGUCACGUAUGACGCUGGCAAGACUCUGGAUAUGGAUCUCCACACCUUCUGGAACCCGCAGGAGCUGGCCAAGGACUUCAACCAGUGGUACAUCAUCUUCAACUUCGGCAUCACCUACACGAUCUCCAGGUUCACCAUCAACAACUACGGGGACACCACGCACGACAUCAAGGCGUUCAAGCUGCAGACGUCGGCCACGGGUGAGCCGUACAACUGGGUGGACGUGCUAACUGUGACGGACGCUGCCGCGGGAACUCACGAGACCCAGCGCUUCAGAGGGUUUGCAGCGACCAGUCAGUACUGGCGUCUGUACAUCACCGCAACUCACUCCGGAUUUCAGCCGUGGCUGAAGGGAGUCGGCUUCUAUGGCAUGAUGGCAGGGGUUUGUGCGGGCGGUUGGUCUUCCGCCGGAGCGAUAUGCUACCGCGGCUACGGUGAAACUCUGACCUGGCACCAGGCCGAGCUCAAGUGCAGACAGGAGGGCGGCCGCCUGGCCAGCGUCAAGCACCCCGCUUUCCAUCAGUUUGUCGUCGCACUGAAGAACUCGCUGGACCCCAACAGUGACUUCUGGAUCGGCCUGAACGAUGAAGUUUCAGAGGGAGUGUGGUCUUGGACAGACCAGACUGGCGUCAGUCAGUACAGUGCUUGGGCCCCUGGUGAGCCCAACAACGCGCAGAACGAGGACUGCGGACACUACAACAAGCACAGCCAUUCGAACGCGGACCACAAAGACCUCUGGAACGACAUCGAUUGUGACCGGAAGUUUAAGUUCAUCUGUGAACAAGCCGUUCUUCCUCCUGGUUCGGUAGUCACUGAGGAAGUUGUUGAAGGGACUGAGACUCACACCGAGACUGAGACUCACACUGAGACUCAAACUGGGACUCACACUGUCACUGAGACUCACACUGAGGUCAUCCAAAUUCCUGCACCUACAUGUUCGGCCAAGGCCAACAUCAUCCUGCUUGUGGACGGGUCCAAGAGCGUCACUUACCUGAACUUCCCUAACGUCCUGAAGUUCAUCCUGAAACUGGCGGCAGGAUUCGAGAUAGGUCCGAAUGCUGCCAAACUUGGAGUGUACCAAUACGGCUCGGACGUGCGCACGGAGUUUCCAAUUGGCCAGUACAACACUAGGGAGGACGUUCUGAAUGCCGUACUCAAUAUCCAGUACAUGAACCAGUGGGGUACAUUUACGGGGAAGGCCCUUGAAGAGGUAUACAAGACAUUCCCUGCUGGCGACGACGCGAAGAAGGUUGUCAUCAUUAUCACGGACGGGAAGGCCAUGGAUGAAGAGGUCCUGCGGAAAGCGUCACAGGAUGUAAAAGCUGACGGUGCAAUGAUAUGUGCUGUUGGUGUGGGCGGCUUCAGGCUGAAGGAGCUAAGUCUGCUGGCGUCAAGCCAAGAUCUCGUGUUUACGGCAACUGACUUUGACCAAAUGGACGCGAUCAGGGACACAGUUCUGGAUGCCGUCUGUGAAGGGCAAGAACGCCGCGACAUCGCGUGGGAGAUUGACUCCACCCUGCAGUUCCUGAAGGACUCGGCAGUGGAGCUGGUGGACAACCUGGAGAGGGUGAAGGAGCAGCGCCUGGUGGGGCGCGACAUUGAUGAGGACGAGUACGUGGCCGUCCAGCUGAAGGAGGCCCUGGAUGCCCUGUUUGGGCUGGAGGCUCGGUUGGAGAAGAGGGCAGAGAACGAAGGCAGCGGGGUCAUGGAGGAUCUGCUCAAACUUGGCAAUCAGCUGGACCACAUCCGGGACAUUGCCGUGCCCCUGGAACUCAAAGAAGUUCCCGAGUUUUAAGAGAUGUUUGAUUGAUCGAUUGAUUGAUUGAUUGUUUUUUGUUUGUUGAUUCAUCCAUAAAUCAUGUAAUCUGUAUCUCUGUGAUAUUUCGUGUGACCAUGACCUCUUUCCUCAUCACCCUGUUGAUAGGUAUUUCAUGGCAUGAAUGAAGAAAGAAUCAAACAAACAAAAUAAAGGAUCAAGCAAGCAAUCAACAUAAAGAAGAACUGUUUUUAAUAGACAGAUAGUAGUAGCGGUGCGGCAUGGACAAAAAUUGUUUUUGCCAUUAGAUUGGCCAAGUAGAGGAUGGCGACUUUUAUAGAAGUUACGUUGUAGUACUUAAGUUUAUGAACAAGUUUGACAAGCUGACCCUUAUGAUAUCGCACAGGAGAAGCUGACAAAGGAAGUUUAGGAUACUUUUCGAUCGAUAGUUGCUCAGGUGACUAAUAUAUGUAAUUAUAGAGGGGCGCGUGUUUAUAAAGAAUGAAAUAUGUGAUUUAGUUUAGGCAGACGAAACAAAUGUGGAUCAACGCAGAAAUAAGGAUAAUGAUAAAGGAGUCUAGGUCUACAUCAUGCUGGAAGUAAGUUCUAGGUGACUCUUCUGUAUCAAUUAGUUUUCAGUUCAGCACCAUUAGAAACUCUGUCCGCAAGAUAGUGUUGCUUACGACAUAUUCUCCCACUCUGUUUGGACAACAGCAUUAGGCGCUUUCCAAGUAUAUAGGCUAGCUCGGUCGUACAACCACCACCACCGUCCUCAGUAUUCCGUCAGUCCCUUGAAUAGUUGCUGAAUCCAAAGAUUGACUGUACUUGUUAGGAAUUUAUUGUCGCCCUUUCUGUAAGCCACGCCACUGCACGACUAUAUAUGCUGUUAUAUGACAGGUGAUAGGGUCUGUCUGACCAAUAAAAUUUGUUGUGGAA